UUUGGUUGUCACUAUGCUUCAUCCUUUGCUCCGACGCUUACCCUCCAUCACUCAUCCACUCUCCACCGCCUCCGUUCAUCGCCGGCGCUGCGCCGCCAUGGCGGAAUCUCCGGCGAGAUACCUCACCGUCGCUGCCACCCCGAAGGCCUCCUUGAAGGGUGUGGUCUUCGACAUGGAUGGCACCUUGACGGUGCCGGUCAUCGACUUCCCGGCCAUGUACCGCACCGUGCUCGGAGAGGACACCUACGCCUCCCUCCGCUCCGCCAGUCCCUCCGGCGGCAUCGACAUCCUUCAUCACAUCGAGACCUGGGCUCCUGCUGAGCAGCAGCGUGCAUACGAGAUUAUCGCCCAUUUCGAGCAACAAGGCCUCGAUCGCCUCCAAAUCAUGCCCGGUGCUUUGGAGCUUUGUAGAUUUCUGGAUUCAAAGAAGAUUAGGAGGGGCUUGAUUACUCGCAAUGUCGAUGCUGCUGUCGAUCUAUUUCAUCAACGAUUUGGGAUAAUGUUUGCCCCAGCAUUAAGUAGGGAAUUUCGUCCUUACAAGCCAGACCCCGCGCCAUUGCUGCAUAUAUGUUCAACUUGGGGUGUAUCCCCGAAUGAGGUUAUGAUGAUAGGCGAUAGCCUGCGAGAUGAUGUUGUGUGUGGGAGAAGAGCCGGUGCCUUCACAUGCUUGCUGGAUGAAACAGGUAGGUAUGAGUCCCCGGACUGUUACACCGAUGAACAAAAACCCGAUUUUAAGGUGUCCUCGCUUGAGGAAGUUCAUCCUCUCUUGGAAGACUAUUUCAAUUUGGUCCCGGCUUCACAAACUGCUUAGUAAGGAAAUCAAUGUCCUUAUCGACAUGCAUCACCAGCUUAUUGAUAGAAGAUCCCACUGGUUGUACUACGAGUAACAUCGACAUUAGCAAUGUAUUGAGGAUGCCGUUGGAAUUAUGACAACAGCGCCCAGCCGUAUGUAUCUUUUGCUUUUGGAUUUAUGAUUCGUAUUUGAUUUUCCCCAUUUUCA